AUGGAGAGUGGGUUCAUGGCGUCGUUGCGUCCAACCAAAGGAGCGACUCACAAAUCUCCGUCCAAAAGUGCCAGAGAUCGCCAAAGCACCUCGCCCGCUACCCGCUCCAGCUCGCCAACGAAUGCCGCCCGCUCCAACUCGCCGCGGUCCAACUCGCCAUCCGCUCCCACUGCUUCCCGCUCCCGGCGGACGGCGCCCCCUAGCUCCAGAGACACUCAUGGACCCUCCCGGUGUAGCAGCUCCUCAGGCUCCUGUAAAGGCAGUGACUGUAGUCCUACAAAAGGGCGUCAGAAGAUGAAGUCCUGCACCGAGAACCACGGCAUACGCCCCCCUCCCCCUGAGCAGUAUCUCACCCCCCUCCAACAGAAAGAGGUCUGCAUCAGACACCUGAGGUCCAAGCUCCAGGAGACCAUCGGCGCCCUUCAGAACAGGGACUGUGAGAUUGACGAGCUGAGGGAGCGCCUGUUCCAGAUGCAGGAGGACUGGGUGGAGGAGGAGUGUCACCGUGUGGAGGCGCAGCUCGCCCUGAAGGAGGCGCGGCAUGAGAUCUACGCCCUCAGACAGGCCAUGGAAGGAGUCAGGGGGAGGCUGGGCGAGCCUGGCGACUCAAACUUCCAGAACCACAAACUGGAGAGCCUGCUCCUGAUGUCUCAGAGUGGGCCGGUGGAGGCGGGGGUCAGGGGGGAGGUGAGGGUCAGGGGGGACGUGGGUGUCCGGGGGGAGGUGAAUGAUGGGGAGGAGAGAGGGGCGUACCGUCCCCGCACAGGAGGCUCGGCUCCGGCCUCCGUCUCAGGAGAGAGUCCUGGAGGAGGUCUGCCCAGAGCGUCUCCUGGAGGCGGUGGGGGGUCGUGCUCGUGUGACGGCUCUCCAGCGCGGUCGCUCACUCGUAGCUCCACCUACACCAAAUUGACGGAGGCGGCGCUGGCUCAGAGCUUCCCUCAGCACUUCGGCUCCAUGUCGGCUCAAGGCACUCAGGACAGCGGCUUCUGUGGCGCCGACAAUGCCCCGCCCACCCGCGCCGAGCUGCUACUGGAGGCGGCAUGUCUGUCUGAAGAGACCGCCUCUCUGCUGAGCGCCUACACGCAGACAUUUGCCUCCCUGCCCCCCUCUCUCCCCCACUCCCUCACCCAUAACCUCCCCCCUCCGUAUCAACAGCCCCACACCCUGCCUCACACCCUCCCCUACUCUCAGACCCUCCCACACUCCUUCCCCCGCAGCCACCCGUCUCACGCCCCCUUCCAUGCACUGCCGCACUCCUCCACCUGUGAGGGGCUGUGUGGAGGAGACUACGCCCCCCUGGCUCAUCCAUACCGCUGCAGCCUACCCCCUCUGAGCUGCAUGAGUCACCCCUGUCUGUCACAUCACCUCUUCCUGCACCCACUCCGAGAGGCGGGCAUCCAGACAGAGAGCUGCCCCAUCCCGGCGUCCGGAGGCUCGGACCUUGACACCAUCGCUGAGGCACGCACAUUCAGGUCCCAGGCAUGCAGUCCCACCUCCACAUGGACUUCCGAUGACGGGGAAGAGCUUGACUCCGCCCACUCUCUCACCACUGUUAUGACCACCGCUACCGAACCCCUCCCUGCCGCAGCCGUCAGGCCAGGACAGGUGCUCCCGAGGUCAGCCACUGUUGCCUGCUCCAUUGAGGGUCCCGAGGCUGUGAGUGUGGGAGAGAAGGAGAAAGAAGAGGAGAAAGGGGAGACUGAGAUGAGAGAGAAAGAGAAGAGUGGUCUGGGCCUAAAAGAGGACACAGAUUUACCAGAGGAGAAAGCAAACAAACCCGAGGAACUGAACACCGUCUGCAGUGACCUUCAACAAGACGACAUGGAUCUGACCACGUGGACCACAGAGCUGGAGGUAGAAGAUCUGAGCUGCUCUGCGCUGUCUCUGGACGAACCAAUGACAAGCCAAAUGCAAACAAACCAAUCGGAAACGAGUCAACCCCAGACGACCCAAUCAGAAAGAAGCCAACCACAAAGGAACCAAUCAGAAAUGAGCCAACCACAGCCAGACCAAUCAGAAACGAGCCAACCACAAAGGAACCAAUCAGAAACGAGCCAGCCACAGAUGACCCAAUCAGAAACGAGCCAACCACAAAGGAACCAAUCAGAAAUGAGCCAACCACAGACAGACCAAUCGGAAACAAGACAAACACAGACAAACCAAUCAGAAACGAGCCCACAACAGACAGACCAAUCGGAAACGAGACAACCACAGACAAACCAAUCAGAAACGAGCCAACCACAGACAGACCAAUCGGAAACGAACCAACCACAGACAAACCAACCGCAGAUGAACCAACCACAGCGCUCCUCCUCCCCCCUCCUCGGCGAGCUCUUUAACCCCGCUGUGGGGGAGAUCGAUGGAGACGAGGAAGGUCCAGAGGCAGUCCCAGAAGCAGGUGCAGAGGCAGGGGUCGCAGAGGGCUCAGAGUCUUCAGGACCCAUCGAGAGGAGCUACUGGAGCAGACACUUCCUGGUGGACCUGCUGGCGGUGGCGAUUCCAGUGGUCCCCACGGUGGCCUGGUUGUGCCGGGGGCCGGUCCGAGACGCUCAGCCCAUAUACCACUUUGGCUCCCUGCUUCGGGGCUGCUGCACCGUUGCCCUGCACUCGCUCAGGAGGGGGGGGGGGCUGCGGCACUACCCGGCCGGAGGGGGCAUGGGAGGGGGCGGGAACAUGUGA